GUAUUCGAUCGAAUCACGAUAGAUGUAGGUUAUUCCUAGUCUAUCACAUACUGAAAUGAAAUAAAAAAUAAGACCUUCAUCAACGAAUACUACUUAAACGUCAUUGUCACGAUUGACAUUAGCAACUGUUAAAUAAAACGUAUUUUAUGCAUAGUAUUAAAUUGAGUUUAUUUUCAAAGAUAUUUUAUGUUGCUUUAUUCAUUUUAGCAAUUAACGCGUAUUUUAAUUGAGAAAACCAUUUAAAAUUUGAAGAAAUUAUAGUAUUAUCUGGAGUUGAUAUAAUUGGGCAGACCGGUCACAUGAAAAAGACUUUAUACUAAUGAGAUAACCCAAAAAAAUGGCAAACUGUCUUCCUUUUUCUAAAAAUCAAAAUAUGACUUGUGAAGAUGGUACAGUAACUUGGACAAAUGAAUUGGUUAAUGAAAAUCAAUUAGAGUUUUCAAAUACUGAAGUUAGCCUGAAUGAAACAUAUGCCACUACAAGAGAUGAUGAUGAAACACAGUACUUAUCAGUUCUGCAUUCUACUGAUGACACUUUAGAAGAUAUCAACAAUUUAACAUUGGAUAAUGAGAAAUUGAUUGUUAAUCAUGAUGUUGCUUCAAAUAUUGAGAAUGACAAUUUAGAUUCAGCUGAAACUGAGCAAGUAGUCAUUUUUAAUGUUGGAGAAUCACAAGAAGUGUAUGGCAUACAAAUAUCACAUGAUGAAGAAGGGAACACACACAGAUAUCAAUUUCAAUUCAGAAAAACAGAAAAUGGACAAUUAGAAGCAAUGCCAGAGACCAUUCAACUGUUAGCCAAUGAAGAAGAUACAACACAUGAAUUUACAGAGGACCAAGUAUCAGGGGACACCUUUGAACAUCCAGUUCUUUUGCAAGAAGCUUUUGAACAAACAAAUGAAGACUCUCAUCAUCAGUUAAUAAUGUCUGAAGAGACAAAUGAUAUUCUUGAAAAUCAAGAUAGUGUAGAUGGUAACAUAUAUAAUGAUGAAGAAGGGGAUAUACCUACAACUGAUAAUUCUAUUAUAUACAUUAAAAAUGAAAACAUGUGUGAUGAAAUGUCAUAUGAGGAUGAUGAAGAACUGAAUGAAGAUUAUGAAAGUAAUUCUAAUGAAGAAAUAAUAGAUAUAAAACCAGGAGUCGAAAUUGUAAAACAUGAAGUAUUACAUAAACAAAAUGAAGUGUUUGUCAGUGAAAAUCAGGAAACACAAUCAGAAAAUAGUGAAGAACUAAUUGUGAAGGAAGAUUAUGCAUCAGAAGCUGAUUCUUAUAGUACAGUUGGAACUGAAAAUCAAGGUGAAGAAACCAUAAUAUCUUAUCAACAUGUGGAACCAAAUGUUGAAGAGUAUUAUGAAGAUAGCACAGAGGCUCAUUUGGAACACCACGCAGCCACUCACUUUUUAGUUGAAGAAAAUAAUUUAGAUCAAUUCAACUAUAAUAUAGAAUUACACCAAGAAGAAAAAGAAGAAAAUAAUAAAAAUAGUGCAAAUGUACUUAUAGUAGAAAAAAGUCCUGGAACAAACGAUUCUGAAAAUGAAGAUUUUGAGUUUGAAGGUCUUCCGGUAACAGCUGAAGGAGAAAUAAGUGAGGAUACAUCAUCGAGCAUUUACCAGGAAACUGAAGUAUUAUAUUCUGAACCUGAAAUAUCUUUACGAACUUUAUCUCCAAAAGUUAAAUCACCUUCAAAUAUUCUUAAACAGCCCACCAAUAUUAACAAGGUGGCUAAUAGUAGUAAAAAAACAAUCCUCUAUUAUAUGUUACCUAGUACUGAUCAAAAGGAAAAUCUCAAUUCCAUAACUUUGAAAGCAACAAAUCCUCGUAGUGUAUUGAAGAAUAACAUAGAUUUGCAUAAAAUCAACAAUGAACGUAUAAAAACAAUGCAAAGGGAAAAAUUAAUGGAAAAGAGAUAUGCUCGAAGUAAGGAAGUAAUACAAGCCAAAAUGUUUAAUAAUUUCAUAAAUAAAACAACUAUUCCUCACGCGCCAGUAAGACAGGGUAGAUUACCUAGAAAACAAGAAAUCAAACCUGUAGAUACAAGAACAAAUGAAGAAAUUAUAGUGCAAGAAGUAAUGGUGUCUUCCAAAGGAUUUGUAGAAAAUCUUACAGAUCGAUUGAAAAAUUUGGAUAAAUUGGAGGUUACUAGUAUUGUAGAGCUGAGUGAUUCGGACGAGGAAUAUGAUCCAAAAAAUAGUAUGAAAAAGAAAAAGAAACACAAAAAAAUUAUACUUACAAACGCAGGAAGCUCUGAUUCUGAUACAAGUGUUAUUGAAAUACAUUCUGAUGGAGAAACGACUGUUAAAGAAAAAUCUCAGACGCCGAAUCAGGGUAGAUCUAAAAAAGAUUCUGAAAGUUCUGAAGGAAGUCUGAAAAGAUCCCGAGGAAAGACAUCUAAAAGUGGAAGUUCAAAUGAAGACUCCCCCCAGAAAAAGAGUCGUACUGAAGAAUCUAGUGAAGUGGAAAGUGAUAUAGAUAAGAGAGAAAUAAAUUGCCCGCAUUGUUCAAAGACUUUUCCCAACCAGAAUAGCCUUAGUACUCAUAUACAGCAUCACAAUUUAGAGAAUAGUUUACGUAACAGUAAAAAAAUCCCCGCCUUCGAGUAUAAACACAAAUGUGAAGACUGCAAACAGACAUUUAAAAAUUCUAUUUUGCUUAAAAGACAUAUUUGUAAUAGUAGUAACAAGUCCAGACCUACUUAUAAAUGUACAACUUGUCCAAAAACAUUUAGAGACAUAGCGAUUUUUAAUAUUCACAAAAAAUCUCAUAUCAAAGAAAAUUUAAUCAAAUCAACGUCAAAUGUUACUAUAUCACCAAAAAAAUUCACAUCUGUACCUUCUACAGCCACCUACAAAUGUAAGGAAUGUUCAAAAGUAUGUUCUUCGCAAAAUAUAUUAACAGUUCAUGAAAAAAGUCAUAAAAAAUUCAAUUGUAUCCGUUGUAACACUUCGUUUCCUUCAAAGUUACUGUUGGAUCUGCAUGUAAGGAUAAAAUGUGUUAAAACUUCCUCGCCAAAAGAUAGAAGACUUUCGUUUAAAAUUAAGAGGUCAUUUGUAAAUUCACCAUGCAGAACAGUAACAAGAGGUAGAAGCAUCAAUCCGGUAAAGCCACUAAUUAGUGGUACUUUAAAUAAGAAAAGUUCAAUUCCCACUACCAGUUGUAGAAAAACCAUUAAUGUUAUUCAGAAGAAUGUUGAACCAAGUUCCAAUAUUAGUAAAGAUGCUGGGUCAAGCAAAAAUUUUAAUACAGUAACAAAAAAGAAUAUUAAUCUCAAACCAAACAAUACCUUAAAUUUGAGUAAAAACAUUAAUUUUGAUCAAAGAAAGAGUUCAAAGACUUUGUCAAGGACGAGGACUGAAAAAAUGAAAUCUAGCUCCUUGUUAUUAGAAACCAGUAAUGUAGAAACGAAAUUUAAUCCAGGAUUAGAUAAUAGCAGUAUGAUGAGAAGAUUGGAUGUUGAAGCUCAAUGCGAUUCUUGCUCUUUGAUGUUCAAUAGUCUGACAGCUUUGUUCAAACAUAAAGUGAAGGUACAUGGUCUGAGCACUCCGGACAAACGUGUUUUAGAAACAAAGAAAAAAUUAUUGCACAAACCACUCCAUUUACAUGGUGGUAUUCCUCCCAAUCAAACGUUGAAAAAAGCUUUCCAAGAAAUAAGGAAAAAGUUGAUUAGUGCAAAUGUGGAUUUUUCUGAUAAUAUGGAUAAUUCGAAUAAACCUCAAUUAUCCACAGAAGUAGAAAAAGACGAGUUACCUAAAAUAAUUAUAUCUGAAUCCACUUCAACUGAUCAGUAGUAUUUAUGAAAUCAGAACAUUUUUAAGACAGUUAUAGUUAUAAUAUUAAUAUUUUUAUGAAAUUUGCAUAGUUGGUUGGUACUUUGUUAUAUAGUGUGGUCGUAAAAUUUGGAUUACUCUGAUUAAAUUUUUGUUUAUGUGAAAAUGUUGAAAGUUUCAACUUUUUACAAUCAUAUAAUUUUACUACUAUAAUUUUACAAUAAUAUAAUUUUCCUAUCGUAAUUACUCUGGUGUACAUUUUACUUAUAUUUGGUCAAUUUAAAAGUGUCUUUAACUUGUUCAUUCCCAGAUUUUUAAAGCACUAUUUUCAAUACAUAAUUCCUAGCUAUGAAAAUAUACAAAAAUGCUAAUUAAUUUUUUCAUGUAAUAGACAAUGACUCUCAGCAAACUGCGAAUAUUGAAUAAAUUUUAUUUACGUUAUCUGUACCUAAAUCCCUCAAAUUUAUAUAUGAAACUAAAAGAUAUAUCGUCUCUUACAACAUCUGCAAUAUAAAUGUGGGUAUACAAUUUAUCUACUUCUACGAGUUUAAAAUAAUUCAUAUUUCAUCCAAAUAAUAAUUAAAACGUUCUGGUUAUUUCAGUUGAAAGAUUUUGAUUAAAGAGAUCUAAAUUCAAAUAUAAAUAUAUAGAAAAAGUGAAAAUUUCGAUAGAAAAGAAAAAAGUUGUUACAAAUGCAAAACACACGAGGACUUAUAUAAUGUUUUUUUGUAACAAAAACGUUGAGUUAACAAAAGUAUUUUUAUGAGAAAAAAAUUAUGUUUUUAAAGUCCUACUAAGUUGGAAUUUCUGAAUCCGUUGGUAAUAUUCAUACUAAUUAAAUUUUUAUUUUUUUAAUGCUGCCUCUAUGUAACAAUAUUAUCAUCAAUAAAAUCAUCAUGUCUUGUAAUCGUUUUCCCUUUAUGCAACAUGUCCUUUUUUUAACUGGUAUCAUCAGUCAAUAAAACUAACUUAGUCAGACUAAACUAACAGCACUUAUUCACUCAAUUUCGACUAAUUUCUUGGUUUGGUUCAUAGUAGGUUUAUCGAUUAAUUGGUUAUUUUGAUUGGAUAGACUAUUCCAAGUAAGAUAACUUUGGUGUUCCCUUGUAUGAAAGUUUCAGUAUCUAAGCAUUUCGAACAACCAUGGAAAUUGGGUAUUUUGAAGCUAUGGAAUUUGUACAAAUAAUGUUUCCAGUUUGUCCAUGGCAGGUUUCCAUGGGUAGUUUUUGUACAAGAAUCUUACUUGGAGUGCGCCUGAAAUAUUUAUUACUGUUCAAACUUCAAAAAAAUUGUUUUAUAAAGAUUAGAAGGAACUUUUUAUUAAAAAUUUAAUACAAAGGAACUUGUUAUAUAUAAUCCGAAUAAAACGAACGACUAAUUAAAAUAUUUGUGAAAAUUUAUAUUAUUUAAUAGCUGACUCUGGGAUUUAAGUGCUAUAUCUCUAUGCUUUUAUUCCGAAAUUGCAUAUAUUGUACUUCUUAUACAAUAAAGUCCCGAUUAUCCUCUAAAUAGAGUGGUGCUAAUAAGCGAUUUAGUGUAAUUAAGAGAAGAAACGAAUAAAUUAUUCACACAAUAGGUCUUUUUGCCGUUAUUUUUCACAAAAUUGAAAAUACUAAACUACAAAAUUCAAAUGCAAAUGUGACUUUCUGUAGGACACGUGUACACAGUUCAGUUAAAAAAAUAAAAUUUACGUAAUUAUAAGAAACAAAAGAAA